UUACACUCACAUGACACCGAGAACUUAACUUGUUCACGGCGAAGAGCUUCUUCGGCACGGUUCUAUUGCACUUUGCAGGGCCUGGUACGGCAUAUCUGGCUUGCUGCAACAGUCAUGCGCGUGUUGCAGUAUGGAUAUCUGGGUCAGGCCGUGCUUCUCAUCAUCGGCCGGGGACUCAUGUGGUUCUGUAGGCCCUCUCCUCAAGUAUCAGCCGCUUCGUAAACUGAAGGCUUGGCUAAUAUCCAUGCACCAGAACUUGCAUGAUUGUAGCGAAGAGUGCCUCAGAUCCGUCGCUAACGCAGCCAUGAUUGCGCGGUAAUUGCUACGGAAAAAAGUGCGGUCGCCGAGAUGAACGGUGCCCGGCAGUCGUCGCGUCCUCCUUUCGUCCGCUCUCCCAGCUAUCGCCCUACUUGGCCUGGACUCUCUUCAUUCGGAGAAGCACAGAUGCGUCGUGUGCUUUUCGAUGUACUCGGGAUGGCAUGACCAUGGGCUACGUCGUGCUUCCCAGACAAGUAGGCGUCAGGGCACUUGGUGCCCGCUCUGCAGCACUAUAAAACCACGCGUUUUCGACGAACAGAAAGCACCAAGGCCACAGCCUUGUUCUCUCGCACGCGGUACAAGAUGAUGUCCAAGUUUCUCAUCUUCUCUGCGCUGUUCUCGCUCGUGUUCGCGAAGCCCACCGCUCGCAGCAUGAAGGUCCGCGAGGCGAUACAGAGUGUGCCCGCGGGCUACGUCCGCACCGGCGCUGCUUCCGCAGAUACCGAGCUGAACCUGCGUAUCGCGCUCGUGCAGAAUAACCCAGAGGGGCUCAUCGACGCGCUGUACUCUGUCAGCACUCCAGACAGCGCGUCCUACGGCGAGCACCUCAGCAAGGAAGAAGCUGAGAACUUUGUUGCGCCGACCGCACAGAGCACCGAAGCUGUCAAUUCCUGGCUCGAGCAGGCCGGGCUAAGCGCCGCCACCAUUUCGCCGGCCGGUGAUUGGCUCAGUGUUUCCGUGCCCGUGGGCCAGGCGAAUGAGCUCUUCGAUGCCGACUUCGCUGUCUAUACCCACUCCGAGACUGGCAAGCAGGCAAUCCGCACCAUGAGCUACUCGAUUCCCACUGAGCUUGAGGGACACCUUGACUUCGUUCACCCUACAAUUACGUUCCCGAGCCCGAUCUCCCUGCGUCCCGUCGUCUCGACACCGUCUAACCCCGGGCGCCGCGCUAUCGAGCCUUUGGCUUCUUGCUCGACUUCGGGAAUCACCCCCGACUGCGUCCUGUCUCUCUACGGCAUCCCCACCACAAAGGCGACCCAGAGCUCAAACAAACUCGGGGUCAGCGGUUUCGAGGAUGAGUUCGCCAACAAGGCUGAUCUUGCAACUUUUUUGAACGAGUUCCGGCCGGACCUCGAAGGAGAGACAUUCUCCCUUCAGACCGUUGAUGAUGGCCAGAACCCGCAGAAUGCCAGCGAGGCCGGUCUUGAGGCGAACCUUGACAUCCAGUACACCGUCGGCAUUGCCUCCGGCGUCCCAGUCACAUUUAUCUCUGUCGGUCUGGAGAACAAAGACGGAGACCUUAUGGGCUUCCUAGACAUCAUCAAUUUUCUCCUUGGCGAGUCUAACCCGCCACAAGUCCUGACCACCAGCUACGGCUUUGAUGAGAAUACGAUCUCGUUCUCUCUUGCCAACAACCUUUGCAAUGCUUACGCUCAACUCGGUGCUCGUGGAACGUCCAUUCUCUUCGCUUCUGGCGACGGCGGUGUCUCCGGCGGACAUACUUCGAGCUGCACCGAUUUCGUCCCGGUUUUCCCCACUUCCUGCCCAUUCGUGACCUCCGUCGGUGCCACUCAGCUCACCUCAUCCGGCGGCGAGACCGCCGCGUCGUUCUCCUCUGGCGGCUUCUCCGACUACUUCGGCAGGCAGUCAUACCAAACCUCUGCCGUCUCGUCCUACCUUGCCUUCCUCGGGUCCACGGACAGUGGCUUGUACAACACCUCAGGGCGCGCAUUCCCAGACGUCUCCGCGAUCGGUGUGAGCCUCGAGAUCGUCAUCGAAGGCGAGGUCGAACUCGUAGACGGCACGAGCUGCUCGAGCCCUAUCUUUGCGAGCAACAUCGCGCUCAUCAACGACGCACUCAUCGCCGCCGGCAAGAGCCCGCUCGGCUUCCUCAACCCGUUCCUGUACGCGAACCCCGGCGCGUUCCACGAUAUCACGACCGGCGAUAACCCGGGGUGCAACACCAACGGCUUCCCGGCUACAACGGGCUGGGACCCCGUCACGGGCCUGGGCACCCCCAACUUUGCGGCUUUGAAGGCGGCGGCUGGUGUUUGAACAUCGCAGCACUAGUUGCACUCAAAUUAAUUGUACAAUAUGGGCUAGAAGUUUCAUGUUUUCUUUUGGUUUACUGCAGACAAAGUAUAUUUACGUCUGUUACAGGCUCGAAGUUGAGACACACUAAGUGCCGGGUGGGGCCGCUUGUCAGCCGCGCCACCCAAGGUUUGGGGUUUAGGGUCUAGCGCGCCUCGGGCGCUUUUCGUCUUUUCCGUCACCCACCACCCGAAAUCGCCCACAUUGACUGCGGUUCUCCUGCCGGUAACGACAGGUCCUCCGAAGGAUAAUUUUGUGGUGUUGCUACUGCUUACUGGACGAGUCUUGAGACAAGCAGUCUCACUUCGCGUGACCGCCGGUAUUGAACGGCGCGAACAGCGCCGCCAAAGGGCGGGCGCGGCAUGCCUAGAUAUGCGAAGGUUUUCAUCGACAAAAAGGGAGAACCCAUCAGGUUCUUCGUCGUCACCGGUCGUACAUUCGUGUCGGAGGAAGGCGGACUAGAAGCGGUACGUGCGAAAGAAGCCAAGGUCAGGAUUGAGCGACAUGGCGGCAAGGUCUCCGACCGCAUCGAGGAUGCCGACGUCUGGAUCGUGAACGACGGCGUACUCGACAGGUACAAGCGGUACUGUGCCCAUGAUCCCAAUCACCGUGCAGAGGGCACCGGCUUUAUUCAGAAGUGCAUCGAACGGAAGUCUUUCCAGGACGAACUGUUGGAAGACAGGACAACCAUGCACGGGCGUCAUCCUGGGAGGCGUUCUCACUACACCGAUGAAGAAGAAGAAACGUUGUGCCAGUGGAUUGCAAUGAAAGUACCUGAGAUGGGUGCGGGUGGGCGCUUCGGGGUCAAGAUUUAUGAGCAGCUCGUAGCACACGGGGAGGAGUAUCCAGAGGGCCUAUGGCGGCUGGCGAACAAUCAUCCAAUGCAGUCCUGGAAAGAACGCUACAAAAAGAAUAGCGUGCGUCUGGAUGGCAGGAUCGACACAAUUAUAACCGAGAAGGGUUACACGGUCGAGUCAAAGGCGGCUUACAGGAGCGACCGCAGGUUGAAUAAGCGCGCGCGCGCAUAUGCCCUGGAAGAGGAAGAAGAGGAGGAAGACCCUGACAAGCAAGGCGAGUUUGCCACGAGUGAAAAUGAGGAGGAGUUCCCGCCUCCACGAAAGCGACAGAAGCAUUUCGAGAGGGAAGAGGGGGAGGGGGAGGAAGAGGAAGAUCCCGAACCCGAUAUCCCAGAAUCAUCCGGUCGAGGGCAUAGUCCUGCUGUAGAAGCUGGCGAGAAGCUCAGCUCGCCUCCGAACACGCAGCGCACACUCGUUAACCCCACGCAGGGCACAUCCGUUAAUCCAACGCCGCGAACACCCGUUAACCCAGCGCCGCGCACGCCCGUUAAUCCAAUGCCGCGCACACCACGAACGUACUCGAGGCGUACCGAUAGCGAUCGGCGGCCCCGGGUGGUCACAGAAGUCAGGAGCCAAGACGAGGCCUCGAGUACGGCACAAGCCGCCGCGGCGUCGUCGAGCCGCGUUCGGCCAGCUAUCGCAAGAGCCAACAGACGCAGCCCGUCCGUGGAGGUCGUUAGCUAUGAUCACAGGGCAAGCAGUGCAGCCGUGCGAGCGAGUAGAUCGCCCUCCGGGUCGCUGCACCAGGUCGUGCGUGAUCUGGACGAAAACGAGCUGGAGAAUGCGGGAUCUUUCACUACGGACACGGAUGACGCACGCGCGAGAGAUGGGCUGUUUGAGGAUGCUGCUGUCUUUGGAUCAGAUGACCCUUUCGAGGUUAGUACUGCGGAGGAUAACUGAACAGCUGAGACGGCAUCCUCGGCUUACAUACAGACUUCUCUUUCAUGACUAUCUCUUGACCAUGCUAUCAAAUCAUUAUAUUCUGGAAGACUAUGUCUUGAGAAUGUUUUUCGAACCAGACGUUCUGGAAAUGCGACUAGUAAGCGAUAAUCGAUAAGCCCGCAUGUGCACCACGUCAGGUAUUCUGUCUUUCCUCCUCGUCCCGCACCACCCCCCUUGUGGGCCCACAGAUGUUCGCCUGCGGGCCAUCGAGAUCGAUAGGCGUCGCCAGCGCUGCGGCCACGCCGGCUUCGUACACAGACAGCCGGCGGCUUUGCGCGACGUAGAGCGUGUCGUCCUCGCUCUCCCACUCGACGUCCUCCGCGACGCUCGUCUCUCCCGAGCCGGGCAGCGGCGCGUACGGCAGCGAGGGCGUUGCAGGCGUGCUCUGCACAGCUUUAGUGUCGUGCGCCGGCUCGUCUUCCAGUGCUUUGUCUGGGACGGGGAAGCGGAUGAAGUACGCGAUAAACGUCGAGCAUGCUGCUGCAAUGAACACGGAGCGCAAGCUUCCCGCGUAAGCAUCGCGUGCGGCGCGUUGCAGGUCUGGUGGUAGUUGCGCGACGAGGGUGGCGGAAUGUCUUAUUCUUGUGAUAAGCUCCUCAGCACCACGGCCAACGAUCCGGUUGUGCAGCUCGAUGUUCAGACUCGACUGGAAGAUCGCGGACGAGAGGCCGACACCUGCCACUUGACCGACGCCACGCCAGAACUGGCUGAACCCUGUGCCUAUUGCGAGAGCGGAGGCAGGGAUAUGAGACAGAAGAGCGAUGAGCAUUGUCUGAAGCACCACUGCAUUUCCGAAUCCAAGGGGGAGAAUGCCCAACCAGAGAAGAAGUGGGUGUGAGUUUUCGGUCAUCAUGCUGAUCAUAAUUGUUGAAAUGAAGGGAAGGAUGCCGCACACGAGCGUCAGUGUCCUGUAUCUCCCAGUGCGGUGCAUAAUCCAGCCCGCGAAGAGAGACCCGAGCGAUAGCGAAAUCCCAUUAGGGAUCAGAUGUGCCCCGGCCUCGCCGGCACUGGUCAGCAUGACGGUCUGGAACCACGUAGGCAGGUUGUACAUGAUCGCAAAGUUGCACAUCGAGACCAUGAAGCUCGCCGUGCCUACGAGCAUCGGCACCUUCAUCUGCACGAGCGUCGGCGGCAGGAUCGGCUCCCGCGCAUACUUGAUCUCCACCACGAAGAACGUGACGGCGAGGACGGCCGCCGUGACAAACGUUAUGUAGACGACCGGCGAGGUCCACGGCAGUUCAUUGCUGUAGCGCGCGGUAAGGAAUACCAGGAACGACAAAACGGCACCAAGUAAUGAAAAACUACCGCCAUAGUCGAUCUUCUUCAGGAUCUCCUUGGCGCUGGCACCCCGCCCCGGCGUUGGGUAGUGCAGAUUCCACGACGUGAGUGCGAGCGAAAUGGCAAAGAGGGGCAGCUGCGAGAGGAAUGCCCACCGCCAGCCGAAGCGGUCGUUAAUGAACCCUCCAAACGGGCCGCCAAGUCCCAUGCCUAGGCUUUCGAAGAUAGCCGCGACGCCCUGGGUGAGACCCCGUGACCGCAUACUGUACAUAUCGCAGGUGAUGAUCGAGGCAGUCGUGAAGACGCCGCCGCCACCCAUACCGGCGACGAAUCGAGCCGCGAUGAGCAUCUCCAUACUGUUCGAGAGCCCGCAGACGGCCGUGCCUAUCGCGGCGAAGGUGACUGCCGUCUGAUUCGCUGCGCGCCGUCCCAUGGCAUUGCACAAACGACCGUACAGGGGCGUGAACGUACAAGUCGCGAGGAGAUAGGCCGUUCCCAGCCAACUCGCUUGGUGCGACUUCUGGAAAUCUGACGAUAUUGAGGACAGCAGGGUUGCUACCAUAGUCGUGUUCAAGGCCGAGAGAAAAUUGGCUAUCCAUACUCCUACCAGGAUACCGUAGCGAGUUGACUGUGGCAGAUCCAGAGGCCCAAGCUCCGAAUGGUGCUUGACGCCAUAAUCUUUUCGGUGUCCAUCGUCGUGGGCGGGGUCCAAGAGUCGUGUACGUUCGUUAGCGGUCAUUAUCAGUCGUGAAAGCCGUGACGGGCUGCUGGAUAUGCCUGCAUCUAUUAUGUAGGAGCAGCGAAGACGCUCCUGGAAAGAUUUUAUGCAUAAUCGUGGUCCAAUCAAGACCCCCAGGGUACUGAUCCGAAAGUGACAAGGCAGGUGCCUUCGGAAGA